UUCAGCACUAAUGAGAUGUUACACAAAUUUGGAUUUUUUUGCAGAUUCUCAAUGCCAUGUCUGUCGAAGUUGGCCACCUGUCUAACUGAUCUGCACCUUCAACAAAGCCCUCUUAUGGGCCACAUUGUCAAUAUUCUGAGUCAGAGGUUGUCGUCUAUUGAUGACCCCAGGGUCCUAACUACACUGAUGAUUAGCGUGGCAAACCUGGCGUCACCGAAGCUUCGGGAUGCCCUCAUUAACAAGGCAGAUCAGCUUCUAGACCCCACGAAUACCUCAACUUUCAACGACUCGCGGAGAGUGGUGCAAUUCCUGCGCAGCAUCAGGAACAUUCACCGGCCUCUGCUGGAGAAGUGCAACAAGAUAAUCUCGCAGCACAUUCACACUAUGGAUGUAGAUGAUAUUAGCAUCAUCGCGGGGAUGUAUCUGUUCCUGCAGAUAAGCACCUUUGACUUCAGGCUGGCUAUUAAAAAAAGGCUACAUGAACUGGUUGAUUCAUGCAACGAUCCUCUCUCCUUCACUAAACUGUUUCUCUGCCUGGCUCCGAUAGCCAGCGAGGAGACCAUUGAAAGGUUGGAGGAACUUGCCUUCCUGUGGGUGGAUGACCUCGAUGUACAGCAGACUGUGGGUAUGGUUGAAACUCUAGACUCGAUUCGGAGCAAGAAUCAUGCCUUACUUCAAAGAUUUGCGUCAGCAAUCGAAUGCAGCCUUUCUCUCUACAAGCCAUUGGAGGUGGCCCGUGUCACCCAAUCCCUUUAUCAGUUGCAUUACAAGAACCCCGAACUCUUCAAAAAAUUAAGACAAGUUAAUAUACACCUUUUGCGCAAGACUGUUAUCCCCCAUGAAGUGACCGCGUUGGUUCGUGCACUGUCCCUGAUGCCCUACUCACGUCUUGAAGAGGAUGUGAUCAUACGAGUGGAAGCCAUGGUGAGCCAGUGCAGUUUCACCAAUCUCAACACCCUUGCUUCUGCCAUCGGCAAGUGGAUGCGUAAAGAUGAAUCAUACAGCACCAAUGCUCGCAGCAGGUACGUCAGUCUGCUUCAGGACAUGACCAACUGCGGGCUGAAGAAGCUGCAAGCGAUUGACCGACUGGACUUGUUGUUGGAUGAAGUCAAGCCCAUUUCGGGAGAUUGGUUUGAGGAAACGCUUGUCGAAGAGACGGUAGUCAUACUGCACAGGAUGAUUGACCAAAUAAACUGGGCCAAUUUGCCUGACUUGGGCUUGUUCUUGACCAGGAUAAACCAUCUCUGCCCUCUGCUGAUGGAACGUAUCGCCAGUCUGGCCAUUAAAGACAUUGACAAGAUUCACCCCUCAGGAAUAUAUAACAUCAUGCUACCCUUCUCCACCAUGAAUUAUCAUUCUGUACAAGUAGAUGAGAUGUUUGAUGUUUGUAUCCAGCGCAUCACUCGCACCAUCAGCUUCUUUGACCCACACCUGCUAGUUUACAUUGUAAACUUAAUGGCUAAUGCUGACUAUUUCCCCGAGGAACUAGUCAGAAAAAUCUUCAGUGUAGACUUCCUGGCAAAGAUGGAUGCCCAACUAGAAACCCUAUCUGAUGUCCUCAACAUACGGGCCAGAAUACGGCUUAGGGACCUCAAUCGCAACGUGUGUAUCCAGUGUCCUGAUCUCCAGGUGCCCUGGUUUCAUAACGACUUCUGCCAGGAGAUGCUAAAGAAAAACAAUAUCUUCCUCAGUCCUGCGCAACAGCAAAUCCACACACUCCUGGCUGAAGUUCUCGGAGGCAUUGAAUACGUUCAAGCAGCAGUUGUCACUCCGUAUUUUUAUACCAUAGACUUUGAAUGCAUACUGGACAAAAACAUGCAGCCGUUGCCCUACAGCGAGCCUAGCACACUGCUAGGAGAGGAGGUUCAGUGGGGUAAAGCAUCACCGGUGAACAUGGAGGAUAAGCUGCCGCCUGGAGCUCAGCGAGUUGCUGUUGACUUUCUUGGUCGAAGGUCCUUCACCAAAAAUGUUUCCCAUUGUCUGGGUGAAAUUGCUGUGAAGAAAAGGCACCUUGAAAUUCUGGGAUAUCGCGUGGUUCAGAUCCCACACUUUGAAUGGAACUCGAUGGAGCUCUCAACAAAUGAUGCCUGGAAGGAAUAUCUUAGGAAGAAACUAUUUAGCGAGCCUUCUGCUUGAAGGCGAUACUUGUUGAAGACUGAAAGUAAUGUUACAUUCAUUCACUUUGGUUCUGAUUUUCAGAGUUGAAUGACCGAACAGUUGCAAGUUUUAAGAAUGUAUACAUCAAGUGCUCCUCUUUCUAGUGACUGAGCAUGAAGUUGACAUGAAUCCACCUCUGUCAUGUUAAGGGAGAUUGUCAAUUAUGUGUUUUUGUAUUCACAUGAGUAUUUUAAAUAAAAUUAUUUGUUAUCAUUGUUGGCAUAAA